CAUACUCUCUUCCCUAUCAGAAGGAAGAAUCGUGGUGAUUAGAGCUGCUCUGAAUUAACUCUGCCUCUUGAAGGUGAACUCUCAAACGUUUCUGUUUUUUUCAUGUAGUGCAGGUGGUGGCUGCGGGUGGAGCCCAGCUUGAACGCCCAGCAUGGAUGACUACAGGGUCCUAACAGCGAUCGGCGAGGGCUCCUUUGGCAGAGUUCUUUUGGUUCGGCAGGAAAGCAGCAAUCAGAUGUUUGCCAUGAAAGAAAUAAGGCUUCCCAAGUCUUUCUCUGAUACACAGAAUUCUAGGAAGGAGGCUGUUCUGUUAGCCAAAAUGAAACACCCCAAUGUUGUUGCCUUUAAAGAAUCUUUUGAAGCUGAAGGACAUCUGUACAUUGUGAUGGAAUAUUGUGAUGGAGGGGAUCUAAUGCAAAAGAUUAAACAGCAGAAAGGAAAGUUAUUUCCUGAAGAUAUGAUAUUUAAUUGGUUCACACAAAUGUGCCUUGGAGUAAACCAUAUUCACAAGAAGCGUGUGCUGCACCGAGAUAUCAAGUCCAAAAAUGUCUUCCUCACUCAAAAUGGAAAAGUGAAAUUGGGAGAUUUUGGAUCUGCCCGUCUCCUCUCCAAUCCCAUGGCAUUUGCUUGUACAUAUGUGGGAACACCUUAUUAUGUACCUCCAGAAAUUUGGGAAAAUCUGCCUUAUAAUAAUAAAAGUGACAUCUGGUCCUUGGGAUGCAUUCUGUAUGAGCUCUGUACCCUUAAGCAUCCAUUUCAGGGAAAUAGUUGGAAAAAUCUUAUCCUCAAAAUAUGUCAAGGGUCCAUCCGUCCACUGCCAUCUCACUACUCCUAUGAGCUUCAGUAUCUCGUCAAGCAGAUGUUUAAAAGGAAUCCCUCCCAGCGCCCCUCAGCUACUACGCUGCUCUCCAGACGCAGUUUAGCUCGGCUUGUCCACAAGUGCUUACCCACUGAGAUCAUCACAGAGUAUGGAGAACAGGUAUUAGAUGAAACCAAAAUAUGUGAGCAUAAUACAUCAAGAAAAAAGGACCCCAGCAGAAUCAGGAUGGCUUUGGGAAAUGAAGCAAACAUGAUGGAGGAAGAACAAGGUACCAAGUAUAGCCAUACUGAUUUAGAAAGCACUAAUACAAAUUCAGCUGAAAGUACAUUGAGGAGAGUAACCAGAGGGAAAAAAGAAUCAGGAACUCAGUCAGACCAUCUGAGGAAAGCCAGUUCACCAAGUCCCCAGAGGCGACAGUGGGAGAAAAAUAUGCCCAAUAUAGCUCUUCAAGCUUUGGAAAAUGCUUCCAUACUUACCUCCAGUUUAACGGCAGUGGAUGAUACAGGUGGUUCUGUAAUAAAGUAUGGUGGAAAUAAUGCCCGUAAACAGUGGCUCAGAGAGCCACCUGACACCCUGUUGAACAUUCUUAAGGAUGCUGAUCUCAGCCUGGCAUUUCAGACAUACACAAUCUAUAGAGCAG